CCGCAGGGUGUGGCGUAAAAAACAUAUUAACCCUCUCUCGUCGUGUUACUAAGGAGCUGGAGUAUCAAUAGCGACAGGUUGAUAUUUAAAAGAGUGGAGGGGUUAAGAAAACCAUCAAUUCUGCCUUGUUUGAAUAGUGGAGUUUACUUCUGAAGAUUAAAUCACAAACAGAAACAAAAUGGGAGUCAAGGAUGGAUUUAUGGGAGCCAACGUCCUGACAAAAAUUGCAUUUUUUGUUGUUUUAUUGGCCGUUGUAGUCAAUUGGAUAGCCUUCUGCACCACAUCUUGGUAUGUCUUCAGUGGCACUAGCUAUAUAGGACUAUGGAGGCAAUGCGGGGCUGCUACUUGCGGUACCAUGCUGGAUGGGAGUCCCGAUGAUGAAUUUGACGCCAUUCAAGCAUUUGCAAUCUUUGGCUUUAUUGCACUGAACGUCGGCUUUCUUCUCAUUGUCUUGUACAUGUUCUGGGGAAGUUGUAAAGGAAACGCUGAAACUGGCAUUGCUUCAGCCAUCACUCUCUUUGUUUCAGCUGGAUGCUGGCUUAUAUCUGUCGCCAUCUUUGGGGCUGAAUACGAAGAUUUUACUGGCAGAUUUGGCUACUCUUACGCCCUGGCCGUCUGCGCUCUAAUCUUGGCUCUGAUUGGUGGCAUCAUCAUGAUCAUAGGUGGCCGAGGUAACAGCUCUGUCAGCUCGAAGUAAAGCCAGCACCAAGAUUAAGAUAAACUGAUAUUUUUUUCCAACCAAGUGAUAGCUUACUAUAUACAUUGAUAUUUUGUCCAAUCAUGGGAAAGCUUACGUUAUACUUUGAUAUUUUGUCCAAUCAUGUGAUAGCUUACUUUAUGUAUGCCUUGCUUCUUGAGAAAUGAAAAAUGAGAAUGCAUGCAUUUAAAAAAUAACACUGUUACAAAUCUGUCUGUAGGUCACUCGUUGAUAGUGUUACGAUGCUUGAAUGAGUUAAUGUAUUGGUGAUGUUUGUAAAAAUUAAUUCAUGUAUUAACUAAAAUAUCGCUAGUUGAAUGUAUUAUAUUGUAUACAUCGUCUAGGAAGUUCAGAAAUCAGCGAAAAGACGCUUCCAUUUCAACCAGUUAUUCCUGAAAGUUUUUUCUAAACUAUUAUUUGGAAAUGUCUUUUUUUUUCAAAUUUAUAUUCAUGUCAUUUGUAUUCCGUCCAUUUUUUAAUAUAAUAAAUUAUUAUUGAUAUAAGAAAAAGAAAAGAGAAAAUAAA